AGAAAUGGGCCGAAACGGUAACGGAGUCUUCCUUUCCUUCCAGGAAUCCGACCUCCCCUUUUGCUGCAAGGCUAAGAUUUUUCCUUCUACUCUGUACCAUGAAAAACUGAAUCUUGAACGAUCGAAGCAACUUUUGAUGGUUCCAUAAGAGCACUCUCAGAAUCUUCCUGGUCUCUGAUACGAAAAAUGGCUGCCAAUUUCUGGACAUCCUCUCACCAAAAACAGCUAUUGGACCAGGAAGAGGUGGAUGUGGUGCACCCACUUGACAAAGACAAGGGCAUCACUCUUGAGGAUUUCAAGCUCAUUAAGAUGCAUAUGGCCAAUUAUAUAUUGAAAUUGGCUCAACAUGUAAAAGUGAGGCAAAGGGUGGUUGCUACUGCUGUGGCAUAUAUGAGACGUGUUUACACCAGAAAGAGUAUGAAUGAAUAUGAUCCGCGCCUCGUGGCUCCUACCUGCUUGUACCUGGCAUCAAAAGCAGAAGAAAGCACACUGCAGGCCAGGCUUCUUGUAUUUGUGCUCAAGAAAUUAUAUUCUGAUGAAAAGUAUAGGUACGAUAGGUAUGAGAUCAAAGACAUCCUUGAAAUGGAAAUGAAGAUUUUAGAAGCCCUCAACUGUUAUUUAGUUGUAUUCCAUCCUUACCGAGCAUUGUCUCAGUUGCUUCAGGAUGCAGGCCUGAAUGAUAUCAGUAUGACUCAAUUAACUUGGGGACUUGUGAAUGACACCUACAAGACAGACCUUGUUCUCAUACAUGCUCCACAUCUGAUUGCUUUAGCUUGCAUUUACAUUGCUAGCGUACUCAGGGAGAAAGAUACCACUGCAUGGUUCGAAGAGCUUCGUAUCGAUAUGAAUGCGGUAAAAAAUAUCUCUAUGGAGAUACUAGACUUCUAUGAAAACCACAGAAUGAUUACAGAAGAGAGAAUCAUUGCCGCUCUCAGCAAGUUAAAUUUGAAGCCCUAAAUAGUUUGGUCACUCUGCUUCCUGCAGGAAAAUAAUGCUGUUUAUCUUUGUUAUGACCAAGAUCAAGUUUCCGGUCUAUCUCAAAAGAAGUAGAUGAUCCUACUCUGUGAUAUUGGAAAGCUAUCAACUUGUUUUUUAGCCAAGUGAAGGGGGGUUAGCUUGCUGCACUAGUCAAAACCAAGGGGGAAGGAGUUGGAUUACAUUUUGUAGAGGAGACAUGCUCCAAUAGAUCUCCACGGUGUUUGUAAGAGAUGAUUGAUGUAACGAAGUUCACGUGAAAAAGCUAGUUUAUCAAUCA